AUGUCUGUGUCACACAGUUCCAAGCUGAACAAGGUGGUCAGGGACCAGUACAUGAAGCUGCCCUUGGGGGACAAGGUGCUGGUCACAUACAUCUGGAUCGAUGGAACUGGCGAAGGCCUUCGCUGUAAAACCAGAACACUGAGCCAGGAACCAAAGACCAUUGAAGAUCUCCCAGAAUGGAACUUUGACGGAUCCAGCACAGGCCAGUCUGAAGGCUCCAACAGCGACAUGUUCUUGAUCCCCGUUAAGAUAUUCAGAGACCCUUUUACCCUUGACCCCAACAAGCUUGUCUUAUGUGAGGUUCUGAAAUACAACCGGAAGCGGGCAGAAACCAAUCUGAGGAGCAGCUGCAAGAUAAUCAUGGACAUGGUCAAAGAGAGUCAGCCUUGGUUUGGGAUGGAGCAAGAAUACACUUUGCUGGGUGUCGAUGGACACCCAUAUGGCUGGCCCAAGAAUGGUUUCCCAGGCCCACAAGGACCUUAUUAUUGUGGCGUUGGGGCCGACAAGGUGUACGGGCGUGACAUAGUGGAGACCCAUUACAGGGCCUGCAUUUAUGCUGGUGUGGAGAUCUGUGGCACCAAUGCUGAAGUCAUGCCUUCUCAGUGGGAAUUCCAGGUGGGGCCUUGCGAAGGUAUUGAGAUGGGUGACCACUUGUGGAUGGCGAGAUACAUUUUGCAUCGGGUCUGCGAAGACUUUGGGGUCAUCGCCACUUUGGAUCCAAAACCAAUAACCGGCAACUGGAAUGGCGCUGGGUGCCACACCAAUGUCAGCACGAAAGAAACAAGGCAGAAAGGGGGUAUCAAGUUCAUUGAAGCUGCCAUAGACAAGCUGAGCAAACGCCACAAGUACCACAUCCGCAUGUAUGACCCUCGCGGGGGCCAGGACAACUCCCGGAGGCUGACGGGCCAACAUGAGACCUCCAACAUCUUCGAGUUCUCGGCCGGCAUUGCCAACCGUGGGGCCAGCAUCAGGAUCCCCCGCCAAGUUGGGCAGGAUGGCUGCGGGUGCUUUGAGGACCGCCGCCCCUCUGCCAACUGCGACCCAUAUGCCGUUACGGAGGCCAUUGUGAGGACUGUCCUCCUCAAUGAGUCCGGGGACGAGCCCAAGGUUUACAGCAAUGAGGAGCGGUUGCAGAGCGCGGCCACCAAAGACUAA